AUGGCCAUGCAGCCCGGCUUCUCAACAUUUGGAGCGACCCACGUUCUUGAGACAAUUCCACCUGAUCGUCAGCGAACCCACGGCCUUCUCAACGUCCUCAAGGCUCCUGAAAGGCUCAGAUACCAGAACGCCUUCCUCACUUCCGAGCUGCAGGAGAUCUUCGACAACGCUCCGACACUUCCUGCCAAGCUCAGAGAAAACAUCAAAAGCGGUGCAGAUGCUGGCAACCACAGAUCGCUUGACGAUGAUUGCCCGACUUGUUCUCUUAAGCUUGAAGUCAUGGACAGAGUCCGGUGCACGACGCAUGGCAACAAUCUUCUCACAGGAUUCUUCAAGCAGUGGGCCAAGGUCAAGGCUGGAGAUGUGCUCUGUGGCAGCGAUCUCCACGAAGCAUGCUUCAAGCAGUGGGCCAAGGUCAAAGCUGGAGGACGACGAAAGCGACUACGAAGUAUUUUGCUACCCGAUAGUGCCGGCUUAUCCAUCCGUCACGAACGGGCUGACAGACUUGUCUACGGCGGUGCUGGGUCGAGCAAAUCUGUCCACGGCGGUGGUGUCGGGUCGAGCAAAUCUGUCCACGGUGCCGGGUCGAGCAAAUCUUUCUACGAUGGUGCUGCAGGUCUCGAAUCUUUACAGUGUACCACCGACCGACUACCCGCUCGUUCGCAAGCCGGUAACACUCCACCGUGCCGAGGACAAGCAGACCAGGUUCCGCAUCAGACAGCUUUGUUCCAAAAGGUCGACGCCGCUGUGCCCCCCGCAUUGAAGCCGGAAGCUCGCGGGGAUGCGAAAGUCGUCGGAGCCUUGCAAUUGCCAAGUUCAAAAGUCUGUAAAGAGUGCAAGGAACAAGACCGCUGCGCAAAGCAGAUCUCACGAGCCGACGCCCAUUGCCAACCACACCAAGACCCCAACGACGCGGUACCCAACGCUCGCCGUGGCACAGACGAAGAGCUUGUCAACGAAGAGCAAGAAUCGCAGGCACAUACCAAACAGCAAUCCGGCUGGUCUUGGGGCAGAUUGACGGUUCAAGAGGAAGACACCGAUAAGGAAUGGAAGGAAGGGAUGGAGAAGCAUCAGAGCGGUGAGACGAAACCGUAG